CUUGCGUUAAAACUAUGACGCCAAUUGUAUGACCCGAUUCUUCGGUCGGAAAGCAACGGGAGCUCCGCUCCUUACUAUCCCUAAUCCUUUGUCUCUUGUAGGCUGUAGCUCCCUCUCCCGCCUUCCUGGCGCCGCUAUUCAUCUUCUCCCCGUUCACUUCUAAGCCACUUCUUGCUAGGUUCAUCAAUAAUUCUCUCCUGCAAACGCCAUUGUUUCGUCCCCUAUCGUCCUUCUCCUUCUCCGCCACCAUGCCUGGAACUGGGACUGCUGGAGUGGAGUGGCCAGCGAAGCGUGUCAGGGACACAUUCCUCAAGUUCUUCGAGGAGAAGAAUCACGUUUACUGGAAGUCUAGCCCUGUCGUUCCCCUCAAUGACCCGACCCUUCUCUUUGCGAAUGCUGGCAUGAACCAAUUCAAGCCUAUCUUUUUGGGAACUGUGGAUCCUAAUACCGGCUUGAGCAAACUCACUCGUGCAUGCAAUACCCAAAAGUGCAUACGAGCUGGUGGCAAGCAUAAUGAUCUUGAUGAUGUAGGAAAAGAUACUUACCAUCAUACCUUCUUUGAGAUGUUGGGCAAUUGGUCGUUUGGUGAUUACUUCAAAGAAGAAGCCAUUGGAUGGGCAUGGGAACUUCUAACAAAGGUUUAUAAAUUACCAACAGAUUGUCUUUACGCAACGUAUUUUGGUGGUGACGUUAAGUCUGGUCUUGCUCCUGAUAUUGAAGCUAGAGAUAUUUGGCUUAAGUUUUUGCCAGCUGGACGUGUUCUUCCUUUUGGUAGUAAAGACAAUUUCUGGGAGAUGGGUGAUACUGGUCCUUGUGGACCUUGCACUGAGAUACAUUAUGACAGAAUUGGUAGCCGUGAUGCUGCAUCCUUGGUCAAUAAUGAUGACCCUACAUGCAUUGAGAUAUGGAAUCUUGUGUUUGUUCAGUUCAACAGGGAGGCUGAUGGGUCUCUUAAACCUCUGCCAGCAAAACAUGUCGACACAGGCUUGGGAUUUGAAAGAUUGACCUCUGUACUUCAGAAUAAAAUGAGUAAUUAUGACACUGAUGUCUUUUUGCCUAUCUUUGAUGUCAUUCAAGAGGCAACUGGUGCUCGGCCCUAUUCUGGAAAAGUUGGACCUGAUGAUGCUGACAAAAUUGACAUGGCAUACAGGGUGGUUGCAGAUCACAUCAGAACUCUGUCAUUUGCCAUUGCUGAUGGAUCUCGCCCUGGUAAUGAGGGACGUGAGUAUGUCCUUAGGCGUAUACUUCGUCGAGCUGUUCGGUAUGGACGUGAAGUCUUAAAAGCUAAAGAUGGGUUUUUCAAUGGGCUUGUAAGUAUUGUGGUGAAUAUAAUGGGUGAUGUUUUUCCGGAGCUAAAACAACACGAAGUGCUUAUCAAGGAUAUCAUUAAGGAGGAGGAAGAAAGUUUUGGGAGAACCUUAAUUAAGGGGAUUGAGAAAUUUGAGAUGGCUGUUCGUCAUGUUCAGGGAAAAGUAUUGAGUGGGCAGGAAGCCUUUAUCUUGUGGGAUACAUAUGGGUUCCCGUUGGAUCUCACUCAGCUGAUGGCAGAGGAAAAGGGUUUACUUGUUGAUGUUGAGGGUUUCAAUCUUGCCAUGGAAGAAGCAAGAGAGAGAUCACGAAAUGCUCAAACAAAGCAAGCUGGUGGUGUCAUUGUCAUGGAUGCUGAUGGUACUUCAGCUUUGCACAAAAGGGGCAUUUCUCCAACCGAUGAUAGCUUCAAGUAUGUUUGGUUCAAGGAUCAUGAGAGUGUGGUGAGAGCAAUAUACUCAGGUUCUGAGUUCUUAGAUGCCUUUGACACCAGUGGUGAUGUUGGUGUAGUUCUGGAAUCUACAAGCUUUUAUGCUGAGCAGGGUGGCCAGGUUUUUGAUACUGGAUCCCUGGAGGGUCCUCUUGCCAAAUUUCAAGUUAAUAAUGUGCAAGUUUAUGGAGGUUUUGUUCUUCACAUUGGUUCUUUUUCGGGAAUUACUGGCAAAAUCUCCGUGGGUGACAAAGUAGUGUGCAAGGUUGACUAUGAGAGGCGUGCCCUUAUAGCCCCUAACCAUACCUGUACACACAUGUUGAACUUUGCUCUCAGGGAAGUACUUGGUAAUCAUGUUGACCAAAAGGGAUCUAUUGUUCUUCCUGAAAAAUUGCGAUUUGAUUUUUCUCAUGGCAAGCCAGUAGAAGCUGACAAGCUGAGGAAAAUUGAAUCAAUUGUAAAUGAGCAAAUAGAAGCUGAAUUAGAUGUAUAUUCAAAGGAGGCAACUCUCACUGAUGCCAAACGCAUCAACGGUUUACGAGCUGUUUUUGGAGAAGUCUACCCUGACCCAGUUAGAGUUGUAGCGAUAGGACAAAAGGUUGAGGAUCUCUUAGCUGAUCCAGAGAAUGAAAAAUGGUCAUCUUUAUCAUCAGAAUUAUGCGGAGGGACCCAUAUAUCAAACACACGAGAGGCUAAAGCUUUUGCUCUUCUAUCUGAGGAGGGCAUUGCAAAAGGAACACGCAGGAUAACUGCUGUCACAACUGGUUAUGCAUAUGACGCUGUGAAAUUGGCCAAUGAACUUGAGCAGGAGGUAGAUGAUGCAGCUAAGACUGAAGGAAGUGCCCUAGAAGAGAAAGUUUCUUAUCUUAAAAACCGUGUUGAAUCGAUAUCGAUACCUGCUGCUAAGAAAGCUGAUAUCAAGACCAAGAUUUCCCACCUUCAGGAUCAAGUGAGGAAAGCGCAAAAGCAGAUUGCUGAAGAAAACAAACGGAAAGCUGUAAAGCUGACGACUGAGAAGGCUGAGCUUGCUGCCUCAGAUGGAAAAUCUUUCUGCAUUUCUCGUGUUGAUGUUGGUCUGGAUGUAGUUGCAGUUAGAGAGGCAGUUGUGAAAGUCAUGGAGCAGAAGGAUUUAUCUGUGAUGGUUUUUAGCAUUGAUGAAACUACAAACAAAGCUGUGGUUUGCGCUGGGGUGCCAGAGAAAGGAAAUAAAAGUAAGCUCGAUGUGUCAGAUUGGCUGAGUAAUGCUUUGGGACCUUUAAAAGGAAGGUGUGGCAAAGGAAAAGGUGGCCUUGCAACCGGACAGGGUGUGGAUGCAUCACACAUAAAUGAGGCCAUGGAUCUAGCUGCGGCAUUAGCGUCCAUGAAAUUGAGCUAGUUGAUCCGUAUUGCUCUCUUCCUAUCUAGCUAAGCAAUAUUUCGAAAGCUAUUGGCACAUAUUUUUAGGCUCAAUUGACAACAUAUAUGCUGCCUAUUGUACUUUCUGUUACAUUUUUCCCCCCGAAUUAUUGGCCUCUUAUUGUGAGGAAAAUUUCAUAUAGCUUUUAUAUGCCUAUAAAGGAAUCACAAACACAUUGUUUCAGUGGGUAGAUCCCAUAAUAUAUUCUGAAUAUCUCAGCUGUUCUGGGGCAUGAUCUUUUGUUGUGACGGCUUGUGUCCUUGAAUGUAGCAGCACUUAUUCUAUUACGUGUAACCUUAAACUUACAAAUUUACGUGGUCUGUGUGCUUAAGCCAAUAAUUUCUUUUUAUUGUUCA